AUGAAAUGGCAACCCCCUUCCCCCCUCACUGGGCUUCGGUCCAGCUCACAGCUGGCCAGCCCAACUGGGCAAAGGCCCAAUCGGCCACCCCCACUCCCCAUAUCCCCCAUCCCCGAAACCCUAACCCAGUCACACCACGUUCACCCCCACUUCCCCACUUCCUUCGAUCCCCUCCCCCCGUCUGGAUCGGGCCGCGCCCCGAGCCCCAACGCCCGUCGCGUGCCCCCGACACUGAUCGCCGGUGCCGCCUCCCUACCGGACAGGCCGUCCUCGACCUCCUCCUCGCCGACCCCCCUCUCCCUCGCCCCCUCUGCCCGAUCCCGAUCUAGAUCGGGAGGGGGCCGCCCCGACAUCGCCGGCGCCCUCGACACCACCCGCCGCUCAGCGUCCCUGGAGCCACCUCGACGCCGCGCCUCGUCGCCCGACGCCGUCCGGAGCUACUCCACCUCGGCAACAUCGCCGGACCGCCUCCCCGUCUCCAUCAACGUCGUCGUCCCCGUCUACCUCCCCGGGCCUCGCUGCCCUUGA